AUGCACCGGCAGCUAAUCAGUAGACUUACUUUACUCAGCAUUACUGUAUGCUUGACAUACUCCAAAGAAUAUGCCAAAUUGUACUGUCCGAAUUCCCAACUGCCUGAAAUGGACGAUAAUGAUACCGUAAAACAAUGCCUACCAGGGCACGAAGAAUUAUGUGGACCUGGAUAUUCCUGUUAUUUUUCCGGAACAAAUUAUCAAUGUUGUCCAACAGAGGAAGGAAUUAAUUUGGAUUCCACUCUUGAAUGCCCCUCACCUAGUGUUACAAUACUCACAGAUGCUGGCUUACCUCUCAUUUGCACUCCCGGUCUUCAUGCCUGCCCACAGAGUUCCAUGCAAUGUCUUAACGUCGGGAAACAUUCGAUAUGUUGUGAGGAAUUAUCAUCCAUCAUUGAUACAUCUCAUGGCGCUAUUUCACCGAAAGAAAUAAAUUCCCCAGAUGAAACAAUUCAGCCAAUUGCAUUGAAUAAUGAACUUUUCAAUGCACCAAAUUUAGAAUGUCCAGAACCUGCUUUUACUAUACUUGAUGGCAACGGAGAUCCUGUACCAUGUACUGAAGAAGACUGCGCUCAUCAAUCAGGACGUUUUUGCUACAAAUCGCUGAAUACACCGAUCUGCUGUGAAAGUGGAGAGAGAAAUAUUGAUGAGGAUGUAUUGAUUAAGAAAAUUUUACAAAGAAAUAAGCCUGAGAAAGAAGGAAGUAUUGGAUGGAGUGUCCUGAAAUAUACACCGUUGACGACCGCUCAACGCCAACAGCAUGAAAAUGAAUUAUUACAGUAUGAUAAUCAGUUAGAAUCUGAUGUAUCAAAUGUUUCUAGACAACCAGUCCUUGACAGAACCACUUCUGAGCAAUCAGUCUCAUCGAAUCAGGCGAAAACAUUGCAAACGUUUACCACUGCCUCAAGUACAAUCAUAACGACUGCAAUAACCCCAGCACUAAUUACUUCGAAAACAUCAGAACCUCAGUUGUUCGAAAAACCAAAUGAAAAUGAAACUGAAACAAUCCGAUACAAACCACAUAAUGCUGGAGGAUAUGCUGUUUCACAAGCAUUUUCAUCAAAAAUCCGUCGUGCACCAAAUGAUCUACGAGCUUUGGCACGAGAAUAUCUUCUCGAACAUAUUAGACGUGGAUGGCCUUAUAGUGAUGAAUUCUACAGAAGUUACACACCAACUGAAUCUCAAUCUGAUCAAGACGAAAUUAUUUCCCAUUGA